GGUCCUAAUUUUCACAAUGACGAAUAUACCCUCCUCCAGCUACUAUAUUACAAUUCUUCCAUUGAUAAAUGAGGCAACUAGGGUUUAGUGGUCGCUUAGCGAGAGGGAGAGAGUGAGUGUCAGGCAGCAGCGGCGCUUAGGCAAGAUGGGUAUUUCCAGGGAUUCUAUGCACAAGAGGCGUGCCACUGGUGGCAAGAAGAAAGCCUGGAGGAAGAAGCGUAAGUAUGAACUUGGUCGUCAACCUGCUAAUACCAAGCUCUCCAGCAAUAAGACUGUGAGGAGGGUUCGUGUCAGAGGAGGCAAUGUCAAGUGGAGGGCCCUGAGAUUGGACACGGGAAACUACUCUUGGGGUAGUGAGGCUGUCACACGUAAGACCCGUAUCCUUGAUGUGGUUUACAAUGCAUCGAACAAUGAACUUGUCAGGACACAAACUUUGGUGAGGAGUGCCAUUGUUCAGGUGGAUGCUGCUCCAUUUAAGCAGUGGUACCUUCAGCACUAUGGUGUCGACAUUGGUAGGAAGAAGAAGGCAGCAGCUUCUAAGAAGGAAACUACAGAGGUAUCUAUGGAGGGAGAAGGUGCAGCUGCAGCAGCAGAAGAAUCUAAGAAGAGUAACCAUGUUGCAAGGAAGCUUGAAAAGCGCCAGAAGGAUCGUAAGCUUGAUUCCCACAUUGAAGAGCAAUUUGGGGCUGGUAGGUUGUUAGCCUGCAUUUCUUCUCGCCCAGGCCAGUGUGGCAGAGCUGAUGGGUACAUAUUGGAAGGCAAAGAGCUGGAGUUCUACAUGAAGAAACUCCAGAGGAAGAAGGGCAAGGGUGCCGGAGCUGCUGCUUAGACUCAAUAUUACCCUGUUUCUGGUGUCAUUUAGUUGAUUUUGCUUGUUCUAGGUUUGGUUGGCCCUUUGAGCAUUGUCAUUUAAGAGGAUGAUAUGACUUAGCAUAAUUAAUAUGAAACAUUUUACUAUCUAGGCAUUUUCUUGAUGACUCUGCCUGUCAGAUGAUAAUUCUUUUGCGGCAUUAAGAAAAGAUACUAUUUUGUUUUGAUUAAAGUUUUGAAAUUGGAAUU